AUGUGUCCAGUGCUUUGGAAGGUCUUGAGAGAGUUUGAUGAUCUGACAAAACAGAAACUACUCAGAUUUGUGACCUCAUGUGCAAGGCCACCACUCUUAGGCUUCAAGGAGCUGUGGCCGUCCUUUGUGAUCCCGUCUUCCCGUGUUGAUUGCAGUCGGCUACCGUCGGCCUCAACCUGUGUCAAUCUGUUGAAGUUGCCCAAGUAUCAGACCAAGGCGGAGCUCCAAGAGAAAGUGCUCUAUGCUAUCAAUGCUGGGGCCGGAUUCCGGCUGCUUUCCGGCUGGAAGGAAACCCUUCCAGCCGGCCAUCUCAUCCUCUUGGCCUUGGUUGAAGAACAAUCAAAACAACUAUUUAAGAAAGAACAGAAACUUUUUCCAUGA